AUGUCCAGCGACACUGAUAGAAAAAGACCAUUGGAAUCCAAUAGUGGUUCGUCUACUCCUAUACUCAAACGAAAGAAGAAACCAUUACAAGAAUUGAGUGAAUCAGGUCCAUUAACUCAAGAAGAUGUGGUAUAUUUCCAAAAAGAAGCAAUAUGGAGACAAAUGAUUUUAUAUAAACAACAAGUAAAUCAAUUACGUCGAGAUUUAAAAUCAUUACAAUUUGAAUCCAAUAAAUCAAAUAAAGUAGUUAGUGUCCUAUCUGGUUGGUAUGAUCAAAUUAUUUCAUUAUUUAAUGAAGUUGAAGCUGAAGCUGGAAAUGAUGUUGGAUUAUUAAUUGCGUUUUCGGAAGAUGAUGUGGAUAACGAUUUAAAAACAAAACGAGAAAAGUUAUCGAAAAUAUUAAAUCAUAAAUUAUCAAUAGCUGAUAGUGAAGGUAAAAUAUCUCAAUUAUCUCAAGAAUUAGCUAAAACUACCAGUACCAAUCAACAACUAUCUCUAGAAAACAAAAAAUUAAAUGAUAAAUUAGAUCAAUUAAAGGAGAAAGUAUUGAAAUUAACUAAUGAAAUAACAAGAUCUCAAUCAAAGACAUUAAAAAGGGUUUAUGAUAUAGCCAGAGCUGAAGAAUCUGUUUCUCGUGAUACAACUCCAGAAGUAAAAGAAGAAACACCCAAUGGAAAACAAGAAGAUCAAAAAGAAGCAGAAAUUGUCAAUCAAGAAGAAACUGAUAAAUUAAUGAAUGAAUUGGAAGAAUUGAAGUCGGCUAAUCAAAUCUUAACUGAACAAGUGGCCCAAUUAACUCAAUCAAAUCAAGAAAUAACAGCAAAAUCCCUUGAAUUGGAACAUAAAUUACAUAAUUUAACUGAAUCUGAUCUAGAUAGUAAUAUUCAUUAUAAGAAGAUUGUAAAGAAUAAUCAAGCAUUACAAGAACAAAUUGGGAAAUUAUCCAAAUUGAAUAGUGUAAAUAUUGCCAAAUUAAAUGAAUUAGAAAAGAAUCAAGUGAAUAUUAAAUCAAUUGUUGAACAAGAGAUUGUGGAUGAAAAUGAAAAUCUUCGUAAUCAAUUACAUAAAAGUGAACAAGAUUUAGUUCGAAUUAGAACUAUUAGAGAUGAAUUAUUAUCCAAAAAUACAAUCUUGACAAGUCAAUUGGAAGAUCAAAAAACGAAUGAUGAAUUAAUGUCUUUGAAUAAAGCAUUAUCUUCAAGAAUAGAACUGUUGAUUAAUGAUAAACAACAGGAAAUAGCUGGAAGUCCAGAAGAUAAAUCUCAUGAAUUGACGAAAGAAGAAUUGAUCUCGAAAGUCCAUCAACUUAAUAACGAAAUUAAAGAAAUUGAAUAUGCAUUUAAAUCAACUCGAGAAAUCACAUUAAAGAAAUUGGAAAAUUCAAUUGAUCAAGAAAAUUUAGUCAAAAAGUUAACUAUUGAAAAGAAUAAAGCUGAUCAAAAAUAUUUUGCAUCUAUGAGAUUAAAAGAUUCAAUUCAACAAGAAAAUAAAUUAUUAAAAGUUCAAAUCAAUAAAUCACAAGAAUUGAUUAAGAAUCUUAAUGAAUUGGAAAAACAAUAUUUAUCUAAGAUUGAAAUAUUGACUAAAUCUUUAACUGAUUAUAAAAUGAUUAAGGAGAAUUCAAUUCAAGAAAAUCAGAAAUUACAAGAUUCAAUUCGAUCACUAACAACUUCAAAAGAAUCAUUGGAACAAGAAGUAUUAAGAAAUAAACAAUCAUUAGAUUCCAAAUCAAAAGAAUUAUCAGAAUCACAAUCAACAAUCAAUAAACAAUCACUAGAGAUCAAUAAAUUGGAAAAAUCAUUAAAAUUAACCGAUAAUUUAUUACAAAAAUAUAAAACAAACAAUACAAACAGUAUUCUUCAAGAAGAUGAACAACAAUUAGAAGCAUUAAGAUCAAUUGCUAAAUGUUCAGUAUGUUCUAAGAAUUGGAAAGAUACUGCCAUAACUGUUUGUGGACAUGUUUUCUGUAAUAAUUGUACACAAGAAAGAUUGGCUGCAAGACUAAGAAGAUGUCCUUCUUGUAAUAAAGGGUUCAGUGCGAAUGAUUUAUUAUCAAUUCACUUGUGA